CCCCCUGCAGCUCGCUGGCUCUCUCUUUCUCCCUCUGUCUCACUCUCUCUCUUUCUCUCCCUCUCCUAUCGGAGCACAAUGAAAGCCUGUGUAUCGCCGUGACUCCGGGCGGCGGAGCCAGUGUCAGCCCAGCGGCGAACAACAGACGGGAAAAAGAGAAAGGAAAAGACCGGCUACUUUCUUUUCCAUCUCUAAAAGCGGAGCAAUCCAAGAGAUAGAACCACAUUGCUUAUUGCGAGUCCAGACCCUCAGAUCCACUGGCCGGGGAUGGAAUGUACAAAAGUGGACAGAAAAGUGGCUGGACAUGACUCGGUGCAAUUUGCUGGAAGUUUGUAAGUUUGACCAUCGUUUGUAAAUUACUCUCGGAAGAGUUUGUCUCUCUUGAUACUGUAUUAGAAUCGAGCCGGGGGUGAGGACUAGAAACGUAAGCGGGAAAGAAGAAAAAAAAAAAAUGUGUUGAAGGAUCUCUCUCUCAGUGGCUAGUGACUUCAGACUGCUUUCAUUUAAGGCUGGGAAACCUUAGAGGGAAUGAGGAUUUUACCGGUGAUUGGAUUAGCUGAAGAAAAAAGCAUGGUCCAGAAGUCCAGUUACUGACAUUAACAAUUGAAAAGCUGUCUCCCUCUUUGGGGAGAAGACCACAUCUACAGCACCCCCAAAGAGGAGAAAACACCGGAGCAAAAGGAAAGGGGGGGGGGGGGGAAUUAAAAGCCAAAAGACAGUCUCUGUUUGAUUUUUGUACGUUUUGAACAUUGACUUCAAAAAGCUUCUGAAACAGCACUUUUAAAAAAAAAAAAUUGAGGAAAAGUAAAGGCCGUGGGUUACAGAGACCAUGGUAGAUAUGGGUUUCUCUGCAGAAACAUCCCCAUAAAAGAAUCUUCGGAAACAACGAGGCGAGGGGGGAGUCCAGCUCUCUGUAAUACCUCUCACAAUUCCCUUUGCUGUCUGUUCCUGUCUCUUGCUUGACAAUCCCUGAAUUCUUGCUCUAACCCCCAGAUCGUGUGUUUACAAAGUACCCAGUGGCUCUUGUCAGCUUGCUGAGUUGGGGGGGCGGGGGGAAUCCCCACUAACUCUCUCCAACUUCUCCAGAGCUGUCAGAUACAAUUAGAGCAAGCUGAUCAGGGCUUGUUUCCAACUUAUCCCUCUGCCAUUGGUUUCUAUUCUCUCUCCUCACCCUCUUUUUACUCACUCCCCUCCCCCAUUCCUUCUCCACUACGCCCCCCCAGCGCCCCCAGCCUCUGCAGACCUCUAUUCAUGUGGUCCUGAGCAUUGAGCGCACGUUGUCAAAGGCAGACUUGCCUGUGCUAACCAGCCGUAGCCUCCCACCACCUCACCAUCCCACAGGCAGCCGUCAUUGUGUCCAGGAAGAUGGGGGACACAGCGCCCCCGCAGGCCCCCACGGGAGGGCUGGGGGGGGCCCCCGGGGCGGGGCUCCUGGGAGGGGGCUCGGUCACCCCGAGAGUGCACAGUGCCAUCGUGGAGCGCCUUCGAGCGCGCAUCGCCGUCUGCCGCCAGCACCACCUGAGCUGUGAAGGCCGCUACGAGCGGGGCAGGGCCGAGAGCUCGGACCGGGAGAGAGAGAGUACCCUGCAGCUCCUGAGCCUCGUGCAGCACGGCCAGGGGGCCAGGAAGGCCGGCAAGCACGCCAAGGCCACGGCCUCCACCGCGCCCUGAGCUUACCCUGCAGCUCCUGAGCCUCGUGCAGCACGUCCCGCGGCCCCGGCGCCGCCGCCGGACUACCGUCACCACCAGCAGCACCUGCGGAGCAGCGGCAGCAGUGGUGGCAGCGGUGGGAUCGACGGCGAGCAGCAGCCACAGCCGCCGGCCUCCGCCCCGGGGGACCAGAGGAACUCGGCCCUCAUUGCGCUCCAGGGUUCCUUGAAAAGAAAACAGAUCGUUAACCUGUCUCCUGCCAACAGCAAGAGGCCCAAUGGCUUUGUAGACAACUCGUUCCUUGAUAUCAAAAGAAUCCGUGUCAGCGAAAAUCUCGCUGCAGGACCAGGGGGCCUCCCAGUAAAUAAUGGACAAAGUCAGAUGAUGUCGGGGACCUUGCCCAUGAGCCAAGCACCCCUGAGAAAGACUGCCACGCUGCCGCCCCCUCCUACCCACUCUCCUGGAAAUGGUCUGUUCAACAUGGGCUUAAAGGAAGUGAAGAAGGAGCCUGGAGAGACGCUGUCUUGCAGCAAGCACGGGGAUGGCCAAGUGACCCAGGAGAAUAUUUUCUCUAACCGGUACGGAGAUGAUCCCGGGGAGCAGCUGAUGGAUCCCGAACUGCAGGAGCUGUUUAACGAACUGACCAACAUAUCUGUGCCUCCCAUGAGUGACCUUGAGCUGGAGAACAUGAUCAAUGCCACCAUAAAGCAGGAUGACCCGUUUAACAUCGACUUGGGUCAGCAGAGCCAGCGGAGCACUCCCCGGCCGUCCUUGCCCCUGGAGAAGACGGUGAUCAAAAGCGAAUACUCCCCUGGCCUGACCCAGGGCCCUUCGGGCUCCCCGCAGUUGAGGCCCUCAUCCGCGGGGCCCCCGUUCUCCAUGGCCAGCUCGGGCCUGUCCGCUUCAUCCCCGAUCCCGUCGGUCCCCCAGAGCCAGGCGCAGCCCCCGCCAGCCUCCGGAGCGGCCCGGGCCCUGCCCAGCUGGCAGGAAGUGUCCCACGCCCAGCAGCUCAAGCAGAUUGCCGCCAACAGGCAGCAGCACGUCCGGAUGCACCAGCAACAGCAGCAGCACCAGCCCGCCAGCUGGCCAGCCUUGGCCUCCUCGGCAGGGCCCUCCCCAGGUCCCUUCGGGCAGGAGAAAAUCCCCAGCCCCUCCUUCGGCCAGCAGCCGUUCAGCCCCCAGAGCACCACCAUGCCGGGGGUCGCAGGCGGCGGCAACCCGUCGAAGGUCAUGGCGAACUACCUGUACAAGGCCAGCCCCUCGGCCCAGGGCGGGCCGCUGGACGUGCUCCUGCAACCCAAGCCGCAGGACCUCAGCCGGAGCUUCCUGAGCAACCCGCACCCGGCCAUGGAGCCCCGGCACGGCAGCACCAAGCCUUUGUUCCAUUUCAACUCGGAUCAAGCCAACCAGCAGAUGCCUUCCGUGUUGCCUUCCCAGAGCAAGCCUUCACUCUUGCAUUACACCCAGCAGCAGCCGCAGCAGAACUCCGUCACGGUGCAGCCGCCGCAGCAGCCCCCGCAGCAGCCGCAGCCGCAGCCACCCGCGCCGCAGCCCGCGGCCCAGCCCACCCAGCCGCUCUCGAACCAGCCCUUGCUGAGGGCCCCGCUGCCACUGCAGCAAAAGAUCCUCCUGCAGAAGAUGCAGAAUCAGCCUAUCACGGGACUGGGGUACCAAGUCUCCCCGCAGCACAGGCAGGAUCAACACUCUGUGGUAGGCCAGAACGCGGGCCCCAGUCCAAGUCCCAACCCCUGCUCAAAUCCAAACACUGGAAGUGGUUACAUGAACUCCCAGCAAUCACUGUUGAAUCAGCAAUUGAUGGGAAAGAAACAGACUCUACAGAGGCAGAUCAUGGAGCAGAAGCAGCAGCUUCUCCUCCAGCAGCAGAUGCUGGCUGAUGCGGUAAAAUGUUCUCCUAAUUCCUACUGUGCAUACCUGUUCACCCAACAGAGGGAAUUCAUCAGUUUCCAUUUCUACUUGCUGCACUUGUAUAUGUGUCCGUCUAUGGCACAGCAACCAGGGCGUCUUUACUGUAAGAGAGAUUAA